CUGUCAGCUGAGCUGAUUUUAAAAAAAGCUCUUCACUGGCUGGCGAUGUUUGUUGCGAGCAACAAGUUUGACCCAUGUCCGUCCAACCUGAAAGUGACGGUAGGGAGGGUCACUCGGUGAUGGACCCGGCCGAGCUCGAGGCCCAGCUGCUCCUUCAUGCAGAGGAGGGCGAUCGAUCACGUGUUCAGAGUCUCCUCCGGCUCAUGAUGGCCCAGAGUCAACAUUUCAAUCUCAACUGCAGAUCUCGGAGUGAUGCCAGGGCGGGAUGGACGCCACUUCAUCUCUCAAGUCACUUCGGUCAUACGGAUGUCGUAGAGGACUUGCUCAAGGCUGGGGCCCACGUGAACCUGCAGGACGACCUGGGCGACACAGCCCUGCACAAGGCAGCCUCCUCGGGCAGAAAGGUGACCGGAUGUGUGCCGGUGAUGGAGAUUGUCCUCACGCUGCUGCGCUACGACGCCUGCGCCAGCAUAAUCAACGGCACGGCGCAGGUCCCCAGAAAUUUCACCGAGGACGACGAAAUCAUCACGAUGCUGGAGGCGGCGGAGCGGAGAGCUGUGCGGAGGAAGGAGGAUAACCUCCUGCACGCGGCCAGAGAGGGAGAUGUCGUUGCUCUUUCCAAGCUGCUGAGCUUGAAGGAGGCGCCCGACGUUCACUGCAGGGACCUGUUGGGCAACACGCCGUUACACUGUGCCGCCUAUAGAGGGCAGGAGCACUGUGUUGUCAAGCUCCUCAAGCACGGAGCCAGCCCCAGCCUCACAAACAAGAACGCCCAGACAGCAUUUGACAUCGCUUGCACCGAUGAGCUGAAACAGAUUCUGGCAGCUGCUGCUGUCAAAGAGACGAGCAGCGCCGUUGAGAAGUGUGAAGGCCCACUGUGGAAGAGCUCCCGCUUUCUCGGCUGGCGGUAUCAUUGGGUGGUGCUCGAGAAUGGAAACUUAUCUUGGUACCUCAGCCGAGCUGACGCACGGAGCGGCCACAGAAGGCAGGGCUCCGAGGCCCUCGCGCUGGCCUACUGCAUGAUCAAACCCUGGGAUAACUGCUACUUCGCGCUCCGACGCUUCGACAGCACUGAUUUCCACUUCAAAGUGUCCUCAAAGACCAACUCUAUCACGACAAGAAGAAAAUGGUUGGAUGCCUUCGAUGUCCAUUCGGCCUACAGCAGCCGCCACUGUAGCCAGGAGCAGGCGAUGGCUGGACAUGAUGAGGAAGAGGGUGGUGAAGAUGCUAAGGCAGGGGAUAGCCUGACUCGCGCUUUCGAGGAAGCCAGUGCCUCCCAGGAGAAACUGGAGUGUGAGGUGUCUGUGUUUUUAUCCAUGGUGAAGAAUGAGCAGAACGACGCGCUGGCUGCCCCUCUGCUGCUGAAGGCCAGGCAGACCAGUGCUCUGUCUGGGGAGACCUGCACCGCCCUCCAGUCCUGUCUGGCCCUGCUCUCCAAGCAGGAGGAGGUGUGGCACUUGAAAUUGGAGCAGGAGCUUGAGAAAAACAAGGCUCUCACGGAGGCGCUUCAGAUCUUGGCCACCGAGCGCUACGACACGAGCCUCAGCAGGGUCAGGAAGUCGCCCACUCCCAGCGCCCUGACCGGAGACUUCUACGAUGCAGAGUCAGACACCGACUCGGAGCUCUCGCUGAGCGGGUUCCUCUCCGUGGCCAGCCGCUCCUACGACGAGGACGAGGCCCCGGACGCCCCCCUCUUCAGAAGCCUCCGCCGCGGCCGGCCCACCGGCGAGCCCAGAGCCAUGUCCGGGGACGGGGACCAUGGCAACCAGGCGGCCCAGUGCAACGGGGUCAAGAAGUACAGAUCGUCCCUGCCCGCGCCCAUGUUCUCUAGGAAUGACAUCAGCGUAUGGAGCAUCCUGAAGAAAUGCAUUGGCAUGGAGUUGUCGAAGAUCGCCAUGCCUGUGAUGUUCAAUGAGCCCCUGAGCUUCCUGCAGCGGCUGGCUGAGUACAUGGAGCACACAUACCUCCUCCAGCAGGCCAACACCUCCACCGACUCUGUGGAGAGGAUGAAGUGUGUGGCAGCGUUUGCUGUGUCGGCUGUCGCCUCGCAGUGGGAGAGGACUGGGAAGCCGUUCAACCCGCUGCUUGGGGAGACCUACGAGCUGAUCAGAGAGGACCUGGGCUUCCGCUGGGUGUCGGAGCAGGUGAGCCACCACCCGCCGGUCAGUGCCUUCCACGCGGAGGGCCUGAAGGAGGACUUCCUGUUCCACGGAUCCAUCUACCCCAAGCUCAAGUUCUGGGGCAAGAGCGUGGAGGCGGAGCCCAAGGGGGUCAUCACCCUGGAGCUGCCCAAGCAUAACGAGGCGUACACCUGGACAAACCCCACCUGCUGUGUCCACAACAUCAUCGUGGGCCAGCUUUGGAUCGAGCAGUACGGCCAAGUGGAAGUGAUCAAUCACAAGACCGGUGAGCGGUGCAGCUUGACAUUCAAACCCUGCGGCCUCUUUGGCAAAGAGCUCCAUAAGGUGGAAGGGUACAUCCUGGAUAAAAGCAAAAAGAAGCUGUGCGCAAUCUACGGCAAAUGGACCGAAUGCUUGUACGCCGUAGACCCCGCUGCCUUCGAAGCCCACAGGAAAGCAGACAAGAAGAGCGCAGAGGAGAAGAAAACCAAGCAGGGCAGUGCAGACGAGGAGCCGGAGGAGUUGCCGCCGCCCGACGCAGAGACAGUGCAGGUGAUCCCAGGCAGUGAGCUCAUCUGGAGGAUAGCCCCACGCCCCGACAACUCUGCCCAGUUCUACGCCUUCUCCACGUUCGCCAUGCAGCUGAAUGAGCUGGAGAGGGCCAUGGAGGAGUCCAUCCCCUCCACAGACUGCCGCCUUCGGCCCGACAUCAGGGCCAUGGAGGUCGGAGACAUAGAUUUGUCCAGUGGAGAAAAGAAGAGGCUGGAGGAAAAGCAGAGGUUGGCGCGGAAAAAUCGCUCCAAAUCCAGUGAAGAGUGGAAAACCAAGAACCCUGCACUUGGCCCAAGGUGGUUCGCCCAAGGGCCCAACCCCCACAACAAGGCCCAGGACUGGCUCUUCUCCAAGGGUUACUGGGAGAGAAACUACAACCAGUUGCCCAAUAUCUACUGAGAGUAUCGGACGUCUCGGAAAAAUAACAAUAAACCUGUAUACGAUUAUCUCCGUCCUCAUUCAAACCCUGCUCUGGUCUGUUCAAGAGCUUCUGGUGUUGUCCGUUCAUCUGAUCACGAGGUAGAUGAGAGGUCUUCGUGGCUGUGGUGCAGGCGAGGAACAUACCUUAAUGUGAAACGUGAUGUUGGAUGUGGGCCGACACUUGGAGGCAGGGUAGGAUUGUUAAUGUGCCGUGAAGAUGAUUGACACAGCUGUUUUCAGUCCGUUUUCGUAGUGGACAUCGCGUUACACUUAAAGCACGAGGUCAAACCUUAAACAACCUCCAUAACGUACUCUCGACCGCUCCGUUUUGCGACGAUAUAGAGAACAGUGUAGAUGUGUUUUGAUAAAGACAAGGGUGUAUUUGAUCAUACUUGGUAGAUUGUGUGUUUAAACCUGAAUGUGAAUUAGUCACCCUAUGCUGUUAUUGAAUGUGUGAACCAACUGCUUUCAUCUGUAUAUGUAAAAGAACAACUGAGAGGCAAUCAUUAGCUCUCGCCUCCUCACUAAGCUCAUUUAUUCCCGGGGGCGACGUUGCAUUCAUUAUUCUAUUUGUUAUAUUACCUCCUCUGGCUCGCUAUCAACUGUCAUGUGAACAAACCUUUCAGGAAAAACGUACUGUACAUUCAUCUCAAUUCUCAAUUCUUUGGAGAUAUAAUUCUUUGUAGGAUUUAGUGGGUCACCAGCUCAGUACCGCACUGAAAGAAUGGCAUCGGUGUUUGUACAACCCUAUUUCCCUCGGUAAUGGCAAUGAGUAGGUAGCCAACAAGCUGAUAAUGUCGACCUUAAGAGGUAGAAGUUUAAAGUUUUGUUUUUGUUGUUUUGGCUAUUCUGCUGUCUGUAGAACAUGGCUCAAAUGGAUUGAAACCAACAGCGUUAAUUACAGGAUAAAUGCAUGUGCAUCACUUUUUAACUAUGCAAGCAUUUAGCAAGUACUAUACUUUAGUUUUUUUUAAUAGAACUUCAUUAAAUGUAAAGCACUGAUACCAUGCCUUCCCUCUGUUGUGAAUAACUGGUAGAGGUUGUUGAAUCUGUAGGUUGUAAGUGCAUCUCGUUGGACUUGGUCUAUUACGGUUUUCCUUCUAAAACAAUAAUUUAAUCUAAUUGUGGAUAAAUAAAGGCAAAAAGUUUAUAUUGCUCAUGAUGUUCUUAAUGUCUUGUCUUAUUCCUCUGGCUCUUUGUAGUUAUUAUGGGGUAAUGCAGGGUGCUGAAGCAAAAUAUGUUCGCUCAAAAGAUGCAUGGUUCUUUAUUUAUCUAAAAAAAUUAGCCUAUAUUAUUGACGGCCGACGAUUCCGUCAUCAGUAUUGGUGACUGGGUGUCAGCAUGGGUUCUGACUGGCAGGACCCUAAACAAAAUGGAGAGCCGGCUAGUCUGAGGUGAACCAAGGCCUUCUCUUGGUUGGUAGCAAGAGACUGCACUGCCGCUGAGGUCCAUAGUCACCCCUCUAUGUUUUACUUGAUCAAUAUCGACAGGUUUACCCCUUAUGUUUAUUUCAUG